GUCAUUUCCACCUCAACCCGGUUCUUAGCUCACUUAAAUUCUAUGUUAAGGCCUAAGGGCUUCAUUGUGGAGGGAGUCGACUGUCGAGAGAAACUCGUUAGGAAGACAAACAAAAAAAAAAAAAAAAAAAAAUCUUUGGUAGUCCAAGUUGAUAUUUCUUCCCUCCUAAUUCUCAUCUACAAAGGUCUGCAAGUUGCAACUGUUGAACAACCCCUGAAAGGCUGAAACAUCCUUUAUCUUCCUCCAAAUAAACAAAAAAAAACUCCCAAGUAAAACGAACCACUAACCAAAAAUACCCAAUUUCCAGUUUUGCAGAAAUCAAACAAAAAAAAAAAGCCAUGGCCUUAUCUAUAUCUUCAACAUCACAAUUAUCUCUCCUAAAAAACCCAUUUACUCAACUCUCUAAAACCCUCCCACUUUGUUUCUCUUCAAUUUGCAUUUCUAACUUUAAACCCUUUUCACUAAACCCUCAAAAACUGCAAAAAUCCAUUGUUUGUGCAGCUGCUAAGCAACAAAGUGGGUCCACUAAGAAGAGGAAAAAGAAGGCCCCACCUCCUCCUGUUUCUAAAGAUUUGAGCUUGGAAGAUUUGGAUUUUUUGGAGGAGAUAGAAAGUGAAGUUGAAAAUGGUGGUGGGAAGUCAAAACGUUCAGAUGUUUAUGUUCCUUUGCCUAUGCCAAAACCACCAGCUGGGUUUGUGGUUGAUGAUCAAGGGCGUGUUUUGAUGGUUGCACCUAGGAGAAUUGCUACUAUUGUUGACCCGACCAAUAACCUUCCUUUGGAGUGCAUGAUAAGGAGAGUAUUUACAAAUUCGAAAGGGGAUGAUUGCCUGCUGUUGUGCCCAGUCGAUACGCCUGUUCAGAUUUUGAAGAGCACGAAUAUAGAGGGAUGGUCAGCUGCUAGUGAUGAAGAAGUGGAAUCUGUCCUUCCUACUGCAGCUUAUGCACUUGCAAAAAUACAUAUGCAUUUGGUACAUAGUGGGUUUUGUUAUACAGCUCGUGGAGGAUUUUGCUACUCAGAAGAAAGCAUAUUUGAAUUCCGAUCAGAUGAUGGACAAGGUGUAGAUGGUGUGCCAACUGAAGGUGUUGAGAUUACUUGCUUCCAUCUGGAUGGGACCCAUUAUAUGAUUUACACACCUUCAGAUCCUCUCCUUUUUGUCGCUGUUAAGGAUGAGAAUGGCCAGUUGAGAAUUGCCGAUGAUGAUGUUUUGGAUGACCCUGCUGUUGUAGGUGCGAUAGACGAGGAGACAGAAUUUAAUGCAUUAGUGGAGGAGGAAGCUGCUCUUUUAGAGUCGAUGUUUGGUGAAAGAUGACGCGUAUGUGGAUGAGCAGAACGUCGUCUUUUUUUUCUGUAGGAAUUAAUAGUUACUUCUUGUCUUUGUACAGGAAAUUUUCUCUGUAUAUGUUGCCUUCUGAUUCUGAUUAGAGAGGAGAUAAAUGUAGGUUCGUUUCUGAAAGGGCUUAGGCAGUUAUAAUUAGUGCUAACUCAUUCUCUUUCAGUUUAUACAUCAGAUGUGUCUGCUUCAAGACUUUGGUCUCAAGUUUAACAGUUCCAUUUGAGCUA